AUGGAUCCUGGCGCCGUGGAGAUUGUGCUACCUUGGGCAGAUGCAGCCGGCCGCAGGCUGUCAGCUUUACCAUCGGUUGGGAUCGUGCUUAAGUUUCCCUCGGCGGCCGAGGCCAACCUCUCUGCGCAGGAGACGGAUGUGAGCGUGCUUGUGAGCGACAUGAGCGAUGCUGUCCGGCUAAAUGACGAUUUGUCCGACUUCAUCAUCGAGGCAACAUCAACACCCGAGGUGUCCUCUGUGACGAUCACCUGCCCAGAGUUCUCAGCCAAGCCUCCGGGUGUGCCGAUCGUGAGUGCAAGCGAUUGCCUCUGCUUGCGGGGCUACGGCUUCGAUGCUCAAUUUGGGACAUGUGGACGCUGUCCCCAGGGUGAGUAUAAAUCUUCACUGGCAGAUACAGAAUGCGACAAAUGUGAAACUCCGAAAUCGACGGUUCAGCGUGGUGCCAUUUCGGUCCAUGAGUGCGUCUGCGCGGCUGGCUUGUACGACCAUGAGGGGGAUUGCCGCAUUUGCGAGAUCGGAUAUUACUGCAACGGCUCGGGCGUCGCACUUCCUUGUCCAGCAAACUCAACGACGAUUUCUGAAGGAUCGCGGUCUUUGUCAGAGUGUCUCUGUGAGGCCGGAUAUGAGGCUGACCGCGAUGCAGAACGGUGUGAGCCAUGCCCGUCGGGAAGGUACAAACCCAGCUUAGGCAACGAGGUCUGCUCCCUGACGUGCCCUGCAAAUGCAGACAGCAGUCGGGGCUCCACUGAAGUGGAUGCCUGCUACUGUUUGCCCGGGCAUGUGGCAGAGACUGACAACAAGGGCCAGUUACAGCGCUGUGCUUCCUGUGCUCUUUACAGUGGCUUGGUGUGCCCUGGUGACUUCGAUGAGGGCACAAGGAACCACACCCAGCCAAGAUCCAUUGCGGGCUGGUUCCAAACUGGCAGCACACUGGCGGUCCAAUGCCACGUUGUCCUUCCGAACGGAGACAGUGCCUGUAGUGGCCUUUCUCCGGAGUGCAAGCGUGAUCCAACUCUUGCAGCUUGUGGCAAAGCUGUCGGAAACCAAUGCGCCGAGGGCUCUUCUGGCAUGAUGUGUGGGGAGUGCCCGGACGGCUGGGGCAGAGGCAGCCCUUUGGAAUACUGCCAGCCCUGCCCUCAAGACGAGGGUGCCUGGUUGCUCGCUGCCGCCGUCCUAGCAGACCUCACGCGAAUUACCGUUUUGAACUUCGUUCUUACUGUUCUGGCGGCGAAAGGUUCGGGGAGCUCGCUCAAGCUCCAUACAUGCAUGAUACGCAUGAUGCAGGCCUGGAUUGGAGCAUGUCAGAUCUUGCUUACCUUUGAUCUGGAUCGGUUGCAGCCUUUCUCAUGGUCUCAGGAAGAAGCACAUGUGAGCUGCGAUGGGGAGUGCACCGAGAUUUUACGAUUUGCGUGGCCUCAAGCAGUGUCCGAUGCCAUGCACGGAGUUUUUUCUAUGAUAGCAGUGAUUCCACGGGCGAGCGUCCACUUCGCGGCCGAGUGCCAAUCUGAGACCUGGUCGAGCGACAAGGGCAUGAAGUGGAGUGCGCCGGUACUGUACUACCUUUGCUUGCCGGUGCUGAGUCUUCUCGGCACACUUUUCCUGUCGGCACUUGUGGUCUACGCCGUGCUGCCGCUGGGAAGGAUGUUCGGGAUCCAUUUCAAUGAUGCCCGGCCGCACGGGCAGGACCGAAGCGCUUGCAACCCCGCAUUGUUGAGCCUUGCCGAGAACCCUGAGGGCGAGGGUACCGAGUCGGCCCGGGGCCGGGGCCGUAUCCUGCAAGAGCUCCCGCAGGGAUUGUGGGACGAGGCGCGUGCUGUAACCUGCUCAGCUUAUCGGAUAGUGACUGAUUUCAGCAAGGUGCACUUGGAGAAGGUCCCAGAUGUCGUUCUCGCUGGAGGCAUACAAGAUGAUCAGCUUUUUGCGACUGCCGACUGCUUAGCAUCCUCGCCUCGUGGUGCUGCAGGGGUGGUUCACAUCCGAGACGCGGGCCCGCAAGCACUUGAGGCAUCCGAUGGCUUGAUCUCCGAGAAAGCCCUGCGCCGACUGGCGAUCAUUUUGAGUCUAAUGUUACAGCCACCCGUUUGGUUGCCCGGCUAA